AUGGCCCCCUCAAAGAUGUACUGGCUCAUGGCGAUCGGCAUGGCACUGCAAGUCGUUCAUGCAGCCCCCUCUACACUGGGCAACAAUGACGUGUGCACAUCAUCACAGUGCGCCCAGACAGCAGCCUCUAUUAUCCGCGACAUGAACCCCACCGUCGACCCCUGCGAAGACUUUAGUGCCUAUACUUGCGGUGGAUUUUGGGAACGCGAGGAGAUUCCGGCUGACAAGGAGUCGAUCGGAUACUUUCGCAUUGUCGCCGAUCAGAACAACCAUGUUAUUCGAUCCAUCGUUUCUCCGGAGAGCGACCCACAGUUGGAGGUUAUCGAUGACAAAAUCGCUGCAGGACGCAAUCUUCAAAAGCUCAAGGACCUUUACGCCAGUUGCAUGGAUGAAGAACAGAUCGCCAAAGUCGGACGCCAACCUGUCGUGGACCAACUCAAGACUAUUCUCGACUUGUUCCCUGCUACCGCCACUGACACCACACUGGACAGAAUGGCACUCUCAACAACGUUGGCACAUCUGAAUAGGAUUGGAUUGGAUUCCUUUAGCUCGUUUGGUGUGUCGACCGAUGUUAAGGAUCCCACACGUCAUCUAAUGGAUUUGAGUGAGGGAGGGUUAGGCCUCCCUUCCAAGGAGUACUAUCUGGAUGAGCGGAUCACGACCGUAUACCAGACGACUGUCGCACGUAUGUUCGAGCUGAUGCAGGGCAAGGGUCUCGAGAUCAACAAUGGAACCAGCACCAAGAUCGAAGUCGUAGUUUCGUCCGAGUGGGAGGAGGCCGCCAAGGGCGUGGUUGCGUUCGAGAAGCUACUCGCUGGCAUCGCGACUGACAGGACGGAGAGACGUGACCCCGAGAAGAGCUACAACCCCAGGACGCUAGACCAGAUCCGAGCGAUGACCCCGUCGAUUGACUGGCGCCUGAUUGUCCAGAUUAUCUUGCCCGAGAAGGCUGAUAUACCCGACAUCAUCGUCGUCAACUCUCCCGGCUUCCAGGAGCGUCUCGAAGGUCUCCUCCAAAAGACAUCUCCAAAGACAAUCCAGAACUACAUCUCCUGGAUAGUCAUUCGCGAGUUCGCCGGAAGUUUGAACCUCCCGUACCGUCAGCCCCUGCGCGCCUUGAACGCUGCUCUGUCAGGUGUCUCUGCGGAUGUUGUUCCCGAUCGCUGGAAGACCUGUGUUGCGGUGGUGAACUCGCAGCUGGGCGACAUGGCCGGACAGUACUUUAUCUCGGACUUGUUCAAGGGCAACAGUCGCACCCAGGUCCGCGAUAUGAUCGAGUCUCUCCGGGAGACAUACCUCAAGUCCUUUCCGAACCUCAACUGGCUGGACGAUGCGACCACCAAGGGGGCGAUCAAGAAGAUGGAGGCGAUUGUCCAAUUGACGGGCUUCUCAACCAACUCUCCCAAUGUCGGAUCCUCCAAAAACGUCGAAGUCUACUACCAGGACUACAAGGUCGAUCCCAAAGAUUAUUUCGGCAACCAGCUGAGGGUGAAUGUGUGGGGCGCAGAGAAGUACUUUAAUGAGCUCGACAAGCCUGUCAACAAGAAGAAGAUGCACAUGUCGCCCCAGACAGUGAAUGCCUACUACAGCCCGACCGAGAACCAGAUUGUCUUUCCCGCCGGAAUCUUGCAGCCGCCCUUUUUCCAUGUUGAGAACCCAGAGUACAUCAACUGGGGAGGCAUCGGUGUCGUUGCAGGCCAUGAAAUCACGCACGGCUUUGACAACAAGGGUCACCAAUUCGAUGCCCUGGGACGCCUUGCCAAUUGGUGGUCAAACUCGACGACAGAGGCAUUUAACAAGAAGGCACAAUGCUUCAUCGACCAAUACGGUAACUUCACUGUCAAGGGAUCGGACGGGAAGGAUUACAACGUCAACGGCCAAUUGACGUUAGGCGAGAACAUUGCCGACAAUGGUGGCCUCAAACAAUCCUUUGACACCUGGAGAGGUCGUUACAACUCUGACCCAGCAGGACGUCGAUACAAUAAUUACCAGCUCCCCGGGUUGGAGGGAUUGACGGCUGAACAGUUGUUCUUUAUUUCGUUUGCUCGUCCCUGGUGUAGCAAACAGAGACCCGAAUCUGCGAUUCGCCAGAUGAGAACGGAUCCGCAUAGUCCGGCCAAAUGGAGGAUCAACGGUGCUGUCCAGAACUCUGUGGGCUUUGCCGAGGCCUUCAAGUGCAAGGCUAAGGCGCCGAUGAACCCCGACAAGAAGUGUGAUUUGUGGUAG